CCUGAUUUUCCUUGAUUGCCCCCAGCACACGUUAUUAUCCAAUAGUCAUCUCUCAAUUGUGACGCACGGAAAACAUUAAAUUAGAAUGUCGAAAAAAAAUCAUGGUACGGUGGAGACGGGUCGGGUCAAGAGGUUUACCAGUAGCACAGCAUGUCUUCACCAACUGCAGACGUCUUCCGAAGCGGGUUGCAAUUUCAGCUGUCUCCAGAUUCAAAACAGCUUGGGUCAUACAUGGAGGACGUUACAUAUGAUAGUUUGGAUGGGUAAUUUUGCAUGAGCUCCACAGAGUUAACUGAUGUGUUUGAAGAGGACUGUAUUGAGGAUGACGUGUGGAGUCCCCCAGAUACAGAGCUGAAACAGAAAAUUGCUGCUCAGCUUGUCAACUAUCUUUCCAAUGAGAGCCUGUCUGAAGAUGCUUUUUUACUGAAACAUGUUCAGAGAAAUAAGUUGGGCUAUGUCAGUGUGAAGUUACUAACCUCAUUCAAAAAGAUCCGGGAGCUCACACGCGACUGGCGAACUACGCUGGCUGCUGCCCAUGCCACACGACUUCUGGAAGUGAACGAGGAGGGGACCAAGGUGCGACGGAAAGACCCGGUGCCUGACUGGCUGCUGUCUGUCCCCACCAGCAAGCUGCUGCUGGCCUGGAACCUAUUGGGAGAGGAGGAAAGUUUGGGCCUGAUGGAGACAGCCAUGCGACUGUUCAGCUGCUACGGCACCAUCACCUCCCUCCGAAUCCUCCGUCCAGGGAAAGAGAUCCCAGCUGAACUCAAGCGUUAUGCCAAGAAGCACACAGAGCUGGGAUGUAAGGUGUGUGCAGUGGUGGAGUAUGACUACCUGGAGGGGGCCAGAAGGGCCUACAAAGCCCUGCAUGCUGAGGAGCAGCUUCAAGGCAAUAGGGCAGUACGUGUGGCCCUCCUAGGAAGCAGGGGCGUCAGGAAGCCAGGGUGCAGCCAGGACCACACAGAGGAGGAGUCUGAGGAUAGUGGCAAGUGUGUGGGCCUCAGGAAGUCCAAUCGCAAGGCCAGGCACUAUACAGGCUACUCCCUGGAGGAUUCUGCCCUCUACAGCUCAUCGGAGUCCGACUUUGCCCCUGCCUCGCCGCGGCCAAACCGCAGGGUCACACGAUCUCAAGCUCUGUAUGGCAGUCCACUGGCUAUUCCCCUGGCGUCCCCUUUCCGCUCUGACCCCUACAAGAACCCUGUGUGUAGCCCUGUGAGGAGCCCCCUCCAGCCCCGCAAGCUGUUCCCGGGUGGCCACACCCCCUCCCCACUGGCCGCACCAGAGUUCAGUAGCAGCCCAGUAACCAGCACCCAUGGGACCUUUGGUAGCAGGAGCAAGUGCUCUGGGGACUUUACCCAGGAUAGUCUGGGCUUUGUGGCGAGCCCCUGGGUCCAGCGCCGGAAGACUGCAGCCCAGACCUUCUUUCCUGACAAAGGUGGGCCCCUCUUGCCUGGCCUGCCGAAGAGGCCGCCGGGCAUGGUGGAGGUGCUUCGCCAGCCUCUUGGCCCUGAUGGCACUAAAGGCUUCUACAACUGCAUUGGCAGGGGAAAGCUGGUACUGCAGCAAUGAUAAAGCCUGGCUCAUAUUCUCCAUUGUUUAAAGCAAAGUAAUUGGUUCUUAUGUAAGAAUCCAUAUCCAAAAGCACUUUAUAUUGUCCCAGUGUUGAUCUAAAUUAACAGGAAUGUCUCACUGGUCACACUUGCUAUGAAAU